AUUCAACUUCUCUCUCUCCCCAAACUAGUUCUUCUUCAACUUCGUGGGAAUCGUCUCAGCGGUAGCAUCCCAUAUGACAUAGUUGUGACUCUAUGUCAACGCGGUAGGAAAAACCAAUAUGAUUUCAGACCAGCACCAAAGAAUGGUGAUUUAUUCUCAAUAUGGAAUUUUGAUGGGAGAAUUGCAUAUGAGGAUAUCAUGGAAGCAACAGAGGAGUUUGACAUCAAGUUCUGUAUUGGAACCGGAACUUACGGUAGUGUUUACAAAGCACAGCUACCAAGCGGCAAAGUAGUUGCCUUGAAGAAGCUUCACCAUUGGGAAGCUGAGGAGCCGGCUCUGUUCAAAUGUUUCAGCAAUGAAAUAAGAAUGUUAUCAGAGAUCAGACAUCGAAACAUUGUGAAGCUUCAUGGUUUUUGUUUGCACAAGCGUUGUAUGUUCUUGGUCUAUGAAUACAAGGAAAGAGGAAGCUUAUAUAGUGUUCUAAGCAACGAUAUUGAAGCUUCAGAAUUGGAUUGGACCAAGAGAGUACAUAUCAUUGAAGGCCUAGCACAUGCAUUAUCAUACAUGCAUCAAAACUGCACUAUACCAAUCAUUCACCGAAAUGUGACAAGCAGCAAUAUUCUUCUCAACUCUGAGAUGAUGGGAUCUUUAUCCGACUUUGGCACAGCCCGACUCUUAUAUCCUUAUUCCUCAAAUAGAACAAUGUUAGCUGGCACUCCUGGAUAUGUUGCUCCAGAACUUGCAUUCACCAUGGCCGUGACUGAGAAAUGUGAUGUUUAUGGUUUUGGAGUGGUGGCCCUAGAAAUAAUCAUGGGAAGACAUCCUGGAGAACUGAUUUCCAUGAUUGCAACAUCUUCCUUGAUGUCGACAAAGUCACCCCCGGUUUUACAAAUUAUGCUGAAAGAUGUGUUGGAUCCACGGCUAUCUACUCCCAGAAUUCAACCGGUAGCUUCUAGUGUGGUUAAGCUAACCACAUUAGCCCUGGCAUGCCUACAGUCCAAACCAAAAUGUAGGCCAACGAUGGAACAUGUGUCGAAGGAGCUUCUGAAUCGUACUCUUCGAUUGUCCAAGCCUCUUCAUGAAAUUUCCAUACAGGAACUUAUGAAUCAAGAAAUUAGUUCAGAAAAGAAAAAAGCAGCCCAUGUGCAGUAUGUUACAGCAUAAGGAAAAUGUAAUGACUAGCUGCUUCAGAAAGCAGAAUGUAUUACAAAAAUUGAUAAGGUUGAAACACAGUUGAAGAAUAAACACCAUUGCCUUCACAGCGUUAGGCAAAUCAUGUAUUGCAAAUUGCC